CUUUCUCUCAUCAACCAAACAGAACAAAGCAUAUUUGUGAGCCAGAGCCAGGUGGUAGUUGCCUCCUCUGCCUCUCAGUCUCAACUCUCGCCUCCUCAGCGAGUUCCCACCUGCGCCGCUGCUUCCACCGUCACCAGCAGCCUUCAUCUCGCCUCUGCUGUUUCACGUCCAGGUGUUAAGAUGGACGACUUGUCCAAGAACCAGAUUUUUGCUGUUCAUGGGAUUGCUGGUGCUGGGUCAGUGGCUUUAGCCACAGGUUUUACCUAUCCUCUGGAUACCAUUAAAGUCCUCACUCAGGUUGGUUCCAGUGCCGGUAAAGAAUUGAAUGCUGCUGAGGUUUUAAUGAGAGUACUCUCUGUGUCGGGUAAUGCAGGUCUGUUCAGUGGUUAUGGCUGGUUGGCUUUUGGAAGGACUUUUGGUUUGGGAGCACGUUUUGGGGUUUAUGAAAUCCUGGCAGCCUUUUCUAAAGAUGGUCGGGAAGAUAAUUAUGUCUAUCCUUCAGAGGCUCUUUUGGCUGGCAUGGCAGCUGGUGCCAUAGAGACAUUCAUAAGCUCUCCAUUUGAACUCAUUAAGCUUCGUAUGCAAGUUAGCUCUGCUUCAUACAUUCCAAGCUCUAACUUUGCUUUGGAAGAGGGGGGCCGCAAACCUUUAGUUGCAAGAUUACUUAAUGGCUGUCAUCCAGAAAAGAGGUCUUUGAACCAAUAUGUUGAUCUCAUCUCCACCCUAAAACCCAAAAAUGCUAACUUAGAGGGUGCUUUACUGGAGUAUCCAUGGACCAUGACAGGAUCUGGGAAGCCACCAUCAGUUUGCAAUGUGAGAAGGCCAUCAGAUAUUAUAUCUUUGGAAGGAUGGAGUACAUUAUGGAGAGGUUUCCGUUCUGGACUUGUUCGAGAUUCUGUGUUUGGUGGUAUAUUUUUUUCAAGUUGGCAACUUUUGCACCAAGCCAUGCUUGAUUGGAAGGCUGUAGGGAUGAAUCCUCCACCCAGGUUAAAUGAAGAGGUUGGUCCGUUGUCUCCUUUGGCCGUUAGCCUUGCUGCUGGAGUUUCAGGUUCAGUUGCUGCUGCUGCUUCUCAUGGUUUUGAUACUGCAAGAAAUAGAACACAAUGUACUGUUCUUCCAAAGUAUGUCUCUAUGGAGAGAAAGUUCUUGAAGUGGAAACGGCUGGGAAACAAGUUUGAAAGAAUUACUGGGAUCCAUCCUUCUGACAGAAAUGUCUUGUUCCGGGGUGUUGGGUUGCGGAUGGCUCGCUCUGGUCUUGCAUCAUUCAUGGUUGUAGGAAGUUAUUUCUUUGUUGUUGACCAUCUUGCUUCUAGUUUGACUUAAUUGCCACAUAAUGAUACCUCUUUUUGAUUAGUGUUUAAUGUUUACUACUUUUUUCUCCUAGUGAAGAACAGUCACAUAAAUUGGUGUGCUGCUCUGUUCUAGUCAUUAAAGAAAAAUAGAAAAGAGAUAGUACUUGAUGCUGAAUACAGUUGAGUUUGAUACUGGUUUAGAUCAGUACAUUGUAAUCCAGAGAUUGAAAGAGAGGACAGCAUCUGUUCAAUACAUACGAAAAAUCCUUCUGGUUUGGGGGAUUUGCAAUGGCAAUUUGGUUUUCUUAUCAA